GACUCGCUCCCAUCGCCGCCGGACGCGACGGCCACAACACCGGAGAAAAUAAUCGGAACAAUUCCGGAUUCCCCCAUCCCGGAAAGAAAUAUCCCCAAACCCUCGGCCCCCUCCCCGCGCCGCCGCCGGCCGCCCAGAUCUCCGGCCAUGGACGACGACGGCGCAGCCUCCCCGUCGCCCUCGCCCUCCCCGUCGCGCUCCCCGUCGCCGCUGCCGGUCGCCGACCCCGUCACGGUGGCCGCCGCGCCGCCCGGCCACGUCGCCGUCGCCAUCCCACUCCGCAAGCCCUCGCCCUCCUCCGGCGGCGGCGGCGGGCGGGAGGACGCCUGGAGCGACGGCGCCACCUCCACGCUGAUCGACGCCUGGGGGGAGCGCUUCGUGGCGCUGGGCCGGGGCAGCCUCCGCCACCCGCAGUGGCAGGAGGUCGCCGAGGUCGUCUCUUCCCGCGACGGCUACUCCAAGGGGGCCAGGUCCGACAUCCAGUGCAAGAACCGCAUCGACACGCUCAAGAAGAAGUACAAGGUCGAGAAGGCCAAGCGCGCCUCCUCCUGGCCCUACUUCGACCGCCUCGACGACCUGCUCGCCCCCGUGUACAAGGCCAAUUCUUCGUCCUCAUCGGCGGCCGCGGCCGCCCGGAGCGCGCCGCCCAUGGUGCCGCCACGCAUCAACUUCCCGCAGCGCACCCGGACGCCGCUCCAGCCCUCGGCGGGCGCAAAGCGGAGGAUGCCAUCGCCGCCGCCCCAGGCGUCGGCGUCGUCUGACUCCUCCGACGGAUUCCCGCCGGAGCCGCUCUCCGCGUUGGCGAACGGGAAGAGGCAGCGCGUGGAGGAGCCCACCCCGGCCGCGGCCACGAACGGCGCGGAGAGCAGCAGCAGCAGCCGCGUGCAGGGCCUGCGCGACCUGGCGCAGGCGAUCCGGCGGCUCGGGGAGGUGUACGAGCGCGUGGAGAGCGCCAAGAGGGAGCAGGAGCUCCGGAUGGAGCAGGAGCGAUUGGAGGCCGCGCGGGAGCUGGAGGAGCAGCGCGUGGAGUUCUUCCUAAAGAUGCAGAUGGAGCUCUCCAAGGCCACCGGCUCUGGCAGUGCCGCGCCCGUGGCCGUCCCCAUCCCUGCCGACGGCAACGGCACGCGGAGAACGGGCAUGGCUGCGGAGGUCGCCAGCAGCAGCAAUCACCGAGUCCGGUACCGCAUCAAAGGUAGCAUGCACCACCAAGCCGCACAGCAGCCACAUUACCAGAACAAUGCCGCCUCAGGCGGCAACGGCAGUGACUCGGACAACAAGGAAGCCGAGGAGGAUGCCGAAGACGAAGAGGAAGAGAGCCAGUGAUGACUCUCCUUUCCGAUCCUCUCUAGCGACGGUAAUUCAACAACAAUUUGCAUUGUUAUUGCUCUGGUAGAAAGCUCCCAGACCCAUGUAGGCUGGUCUGGAGCCAAGAAAGGGCUAGUGAGCUCAACUAGGUGGUAGUGGUGGUGCUAGCAACAAGCAAGGCUGAGCAUUUUGAGUUGCGGUAAGUACCUGAUAGUGGGGUGAGUGUGUAACUUGUACCUGCCUGUUUGUGCUCGCGAUUGUCAUCUGUUGUCAAGAAAUUACCAUGUCAUUGAAUGUAACAUGUUUAUUUGUGUUGCAAGAAUAGCUGUACCUGUGUUUAUUCUUUAGAAUGGGUAUUGGUGUCCUGUGGAGAAUAUGUUCAGUGUUC